UCAGCUCUGCUGCAUCUGUGGAGAUGUCGGGGGCUGGGGGAGAACAGUGGGGACUUCUUGGCAGCGGAGCUCCUCUUGAUGCAGGAAAUUCCUGAUUAAUGUAGAAGUCUGACAACUCAGGAAGGAACUUAAAAUAACGUGGCCCCCCCCCCUCCGGCCGCAGGAAUGUGGGAGAAUGUCCGCUGCCGGGGGAUGGGAUGCCAGGGCUGGGGGCCCAUGUGGCACAGACCUCUGGAGAUACAGACACUCCCUAUUCUGGAGUUAAGGACAGUGUCUUGUCCCUCCGUGCACAGAGAUGUGUCCCACAAGGCUGCGCGCUGUCACCCCCUCCAUCAUUCUGCUGCCAGUGACCUGAUUCUCUGUGCGGCCGGGAACGGGGUGACAUUGUCUGUGUGUAAUGAAGCCUGGAGCGCAACCACGUCAGGAAUGUGGAGGCAACAACCCGCUGCCCCCAGUCAGACAAACUGGCACGAUGGGCGGCCAUACUGUCAUAAACCCUGCUAUGCUGUUCUCUUUGGUCCUAAAGGUGUGAACAUCGGUGGUGCCGGCUCCUACAUCUAUGAUAUGGCUCUGCGAGCUCCGGAGAGACCACCUCUACCCUCUGGGUAUACCCACACCAACUUCUCACCUGACAGAGCACCCAGCAGAGUUGUGGCGCCCACACGAACAUUCGCGGGGGAGACGGCGCUGUGUCAAGGCUGCAGCAAGCCGGUCUACUUUGCUGAGAAGGUGAUGUCACUGGGCAGGAACUGGCAUCGCCCGUGUCUCCGUUGUCAGCGCUGCAACAAGACCCUGACUGCGGGCGGCCAUGCUGAGCACGAUGGCCUCCCUUACUGCCAUAUCCCCUGCUACGGGCAUCUCUUUGGACCGAAAGGUGUGAAUAUCGGGGACGUGGGCUGUUACCUGUACGACCCUCUGAUAGGAAACGAGGCGCGGGGCGAGAAGUGAUCAGAUCUUUCUGGAAGUUGCCGUUCCUCCUUGUUAACCCUUCUCUGCUGGAAUGCAGUGCACCCUGGGAACCUGUUAGUCUAUCGGUGGCUGUAGAUCCCCAUGGAAUUAUAGUGGGAGCGUCGGCAGCGCUCGUGUCACUUGUGUCAUCUUCCCUGAACUUAUCUGCCGGAUGACAGCAGCCCCUGGAGAGGAGGGGGUUAACCUGCAUUUAGGGGAGGCACGAGGUGUGGACGGUGCCUCAGUUAUAGUUCAUAUAUAUGCACAGGAGCUCCCCCUGCUGGAGCCACGCUGCGACUUGCACAUGUUGUAUAAUAGCUCAUAUAUCACUUGUAUCGCCUGACACGGGGAGACCGGACGGCACGCUCCGAGACCCAGUAAAGUUCUCCACUAUC